AUGUCGCAGUCCUCAAUGGCCAUUCAAGGAUCAAAAGCUAAAGAUCUUCUUUGCAUUUUUCUUGAUCUAGUUCGUUAUUACAGUGAUCAGAGUUUAAAUGUUUGUGGUAUGUCGAAAUUAGACUAUUGGAGAAAUGCUGAUGCACUAGUGGUGACUAGAAAGCUUAGAGUGUUUCAAGAUCUUAUCCCGGAGCUCAAAGAUCGACAAUUUUCUGAAUUUUCUAUUUGUGUAAACCACUAUAAUCAAAUCGUAGCUAAUGACAAUUUUUAUCAACAUCUUUUAGGUAGCUCUAGUAGAAUAUCUCAACUUGAUAUUAGUUCCAACACUGAUGAAACAGUUGCCGACGAUGUAUUGUGCCAUUUAUUGGAAUUUGAAAGAGUUGCAGAACAUAAUAGAUAUGUAAUUACAGAAUUACAACAGCAAGUGCAGAAUAAAGGUAGAGUAAUAUCUAGAUUAAAUGGGCAACUUGAAGAAUAUCAUAGAAUGAUCUCUCAGUUAGAAGAAAUAUGUCAAGAACG